UUUUUUUUUUUUUUUUCUUAUUCACAUAUACCUUAUAAAAGUAAUGCUUGCUUCACUCAAGUCUAUUGCCGUCUUGGCUUUGGCCUCGACUAUUGCCCAGGCUGCUGUUGUGACCUACAACUGGGACAUCACUUAUGUCAACGCCAACCCCGAUGGUCUCCACGAACGCCGUGUCAUUGGUGUUAACGGACAGUUCCCUCCUCCUCCCAUCAGUGUUAACUCGAAUGAUACCUUGGUCAUCAAUGUUGUCAACAAGAUCGAUCAGCCCACCUCGUUGCAUUCCCACGGUCUCUUCCAGACUGGUAACGCUCAGAUGGACGGUCCCUCCAUGGUCACCCAGUGCCCUAUUCCUCCUGGUGGCAACUUCACCUACACAAUCCCCAUUGAGCAGCACGGCACCUACUGGAUCCAUGGUCACUUCCAGGGUCAGUAUGUAGAUGGUCUUCGCGCUCCUUUGAUUAUUCACAAUGUCAACGAGGUUUACAAGUAUGAUGAGGAGAUUACUGUCGCCUUUGCUGAUUGGUACCACAGGGAGCACUCUGUCAUGUUGGAGCAGUACCUUUCAAUUUUCAACCCCAGCGGUGCUGAACCUGUCCCUGAAUCUGGCUUGAUCAACCAUUCGACAAACACGAAGUUCAACUUUGUCCCUGGCAAGACCUACCGUGUCCGCAUCAUCAACAUGUCUGCCCUUGCCAUGUUCCACUUCCACAUUGACGGUCACGAGAUGGAGAUUAUUGAGGUCGAUGGUAUUGAUGUUGAGAGAAAAAAGGUCACCAGCUUCCCUGUCACUGCUGCGCAGCGCUACUCUGUCCUUGUGACCGCAAAGAGUGAUGCCUCCCAAAACUACAUCAUGCAUGCCGAUAUGGAUCCCUCCAUGUUCGAUAUUGUACCUGAAGAUCUUCAGUUGAACGUCACUGCCACCAUUGUCUAUGAUGAGAAGGCUCCCCUUGCUCCAGAGGAGACCUCCCAAUGGGAACCCUUUGAUGAUGCCCAGCUUGUCCCUCUCGUUCCCGAGGCCACCGCUGCACCCGACCAGGUCUUUACUUUGAAUGCUGUCUUUAGUGUCUUGAACGAUUACAGUAACAAGGCCACCUUCAACGAUAUUACCUAUGUCAUGCCCAAGGUCCCUACUUUGUACACUGCUCUCACCACCGGUAACUUGUCCUCCACCCCUGAGGUCUACGGCAAGUACACCCAUCCCUUGGUCGUGAAGCACAAUCAGUGGAUCGAGAUCAUCAUCAACAACGACGAUCCCGGUAACCACCCCUUCCAUCUUCACGGACAUGUUUUCCAGAUUGUCGGACGUAGCGAGGGAAAGUAUGAUCCCUCAACUCCUUAUCCCGGUUACUUCGAUACCCCCAACCCUUCCCGUCGUGAUACCGUCCUCGUUCCCUCAGAGCAGAACGUUGCCAUUCGCUUCAAGGCCAACAACCCAGGAGUCUGGCUCUUCCACUGCCACAUCGAAUGGCACUUGCAGGCUGGUCUUGCCACCACCUUCAUUGAGGCUCCUGAGGUCAUGCCUAGCGUUCUCAAGAUCGACCCGAGCCACAUUGAGCACUGCAAGGCCCUUAAUAUCCCAUACAGUGGUAACGCUGCUGGUAACGAGGGCUUGGAUUUGACUGGUGAGAACGUUGGUCCCAAUCCCCUUCCUGGUACCUUCACUACCAAGGGAAUUGUUGCUCUCAUCUUCACCAUCAUCUCUGCCCUCUUGGGUCUCGGCACCGUCAUCUGGUAUGCUCGCGAUGAUGAUGCUCACAUCGCUGCCCAGAUGAGCAAGUCCAAGAAUGUUGAGGAGGAGGCUAACUAAAGAAAGAACACGUUUUCCAAAAAGUUGAAAAAAAAAACAAAAAGGCGGAUGAUUUGAAGAAAUAAGGGAGAGCAAGUGCAUGCG